AUGUCAGCUGAUGUUUCUAAGAAACAACAAGAUAAGGAUUCAUUGAUUUUUCAACUCGGUAUUUCUCCGACAUCAACAUCAUUUUUUGUUGUGUUAUUUAAUGAAGUGGAUAAGUUACGUUUGAUUGGUGCUCCAUAUGAACUAGUACAUGCAGUAAAGCAAACUAUUGGAGCAGAUGAAAUACAACGCGAAGAAUGGAUUUAUUUGGUAAUAGCUUAUCAAUUUAAACUGCGUGGUUAUCCAUGGGUUAACAAUGGCGACGAAGCAGGCACUUGUCGAAUGAAACUUCUCGCUUUACUUGAUUGUUUUACGUCGUUCGGUUGGCAAUUACAUGCAAGUAUUGAUAUGAGUAUAGGUUACGAAGGUCAUGAUACUGACACUUGA